CGUUUGUCAAACAGUCGCAGACGCAUUUUCGUGCUUUUCGCUGUGAGAAUCUGAUCCAAAAACUCGUCGUCCACCGACGUCAGCCUAUAUUCUGCGCAACGGGUCCCUCCGAAUCCGUCGUUUGAACCUUUUUGGACCAUCUCAUACGCAGUCUAAGUAACAAGGACACCAACAACAAGCACCAAAAUGCAUCGCGCAAGAACAGCUCUCCACUUAGUGAACCCGAAGGGUCAGCAGAACUUUGGUUCCUUUUUGCUGAAGAAGCCAGCUUCGAAGCUGACCACGGAACUGAUGGCUGCCUCUUCGGUGAAGCUGUACAACUCUACCGCAGCCGAGCCAUUCCUUAAUGGCUCUUCGUCGAACUACAUUGACGAUAUGUACAAUUCCUGGCUGCGGGAUCCAGCUUCCGUGCAUGCGUCCUGGGAUGCGUACUUCCGAAACAACUCGUACGCAGCGCCUCCGAGCCUUGCCCCCGUGCCGAAGAAUCAUGUUCCCGCAGCACAGUACCUGGGCAGCUCGCUGCCGGCCGUGGCUGGCGCUGGCGCCGCCGUCGGUGGCCGUAUCGACGACAAGCUAAUCGAUGAUCAUCUUGCCGUGCAAGCUAUCAUUCGUAGCUACCAGAUCAGAGGGCAUAAUGUGGCCCGCCUUGACCCGCUCGGCAUCAAUAGUGCAGACCUGGACGAUAAAACUCCACCGGAGUUGCUGUACUCGUCCUACCGUUUCGAGGAAGCCGACAUGGAGCGCGUCUUCAAGCUGCCGAGCACGACGUUCAUCGGUGGCAAGGAAAAGUUCCUGCCCCUGCGCGAAAUCCUUGGCCGGUUGGAGAAGGCCUACUGCAGCAAAAUCGGCGUCGAGUUCAUGUUCAUCAACUCGCUCGAGCAGUGCAACUGGAUCCGUGAGCGUUUCGAGACGCCGAACAUCAUGAGCUACACGAACGAGGAGAAGCGACUCAUCCUGGCCCGUCUGACCCGUGCCACCGGUUUCGAGGCGUUCCUGGCGAAGAAGUUCUCCUCCGAGAAGCGCUUCGGUCUGGAGGGUUGCGAAAUCAUGAUUCCCGCCAUGAAGGAGGUGAUCGACGUGUCGACGCGGCUCGGAGUGGAAUCGAUCAUCAUGGGCAUGCCGCAUCGUGGUCGAUUGAACGUCCUGGCCAACGUGUGCCGUAAGCCGCUGCAUCAGAUCUUUACCCAGUUUGCCGGAUUGGAGGCUGCCGAUGACGGCUCCGGUGAUGUAAAGUACCAUCUGGGAACGUACAUCGAGCGUCUGAACCGUGUGACGAACAAAAACAUCCGCCUGGCCGUCGUGGCCAAUCCGUCCCAUCUGGAGGCGGUCGAUCCGGUGGUCCAGGGUAAGACUCGCGCUGAGCAGUUCUACCGCGGUGACGGUGAGGGCAAGAAGGUGAUGUCGAUCCUGUUGCACGGUGAUGCUGCCUUCUGCGGCCAGGGUGUGGUGUUCGAGACGAUGCACUUGUCCGAUCUGCCGGACUACACGACCCACGGUACGGUGCAUAUUGUGGUAAACAACCAGAUCGGCUUCACUACCGAUCCGCGUCAUUCGCGCUCCUCGCCCUACUGCACGGAUGUGGCACGCGUCGUCAACGCACCCAUCUUCCACGUGAACGGCGACGAUCCGGAGGCCGUGAUGCACGUGUGCAAGGUUGCCGCCGAGUGGCGUGCGACCUUCCACAAGGACGUUAUCAUCGACAUUGUGAGCUACCGGCGCAAUGGACACAACGAAAUUGACGAGCCCAUGUUCACGCAGCCGCUGAUGUACAAGAAGAUCCGCGGCACCAAGCCCGCGCUCGAUAUCUACGCCAAUCAGCUGAUCACCGAGGGUGUUGUAACGGCCGAGGAGGUGAAGAGCGUCAAGGACAAGUACGAGAAGAUCUGCGAGGAGGCGUUCGAGCAGGCGAAGACGGAAACGCACAUCAAGUACAAGGACUGGAUCGAUUCGCCGUGGUCCGGAUUCUUCGAGGGCAAGGACCCACUGAAGGUCGCCCCGACCGGUGUGAUCGAGGAGACUCUCGUGCACAUUGGUAAUCGGUUCUCGUCGCCACCGCCAAACGCGGCAGAAUUUGUCAUCCACAAGGGUUUGCUGCGUGUGCUGGCGGCUCGUAAGGAGAUGCUGGAAAACAAGACCAUCGAUUGGGCGCUUGCCGAAGCGAUGGCGUUCGGUUCGCUGCUGAAGGAAGGUAUUCACGUGCGUCUGUCCGGACAGGAUGUCGAGCGUGGUACGUUCUCGCAUCGACAUCACGUGCUGCACCAUCAGACGGUGGACAAGGCGACCUACCGGCCACUGUGCCACCUGUACCCCGACCAGGCUCCGUACACCGUGUGCAACAGCUCGCUGUCGGAGUUCGGUGUGCUCGGCUUCGAGCUCGGCUACUCGAUGACCAACCCGAACGCGCUCGUCUGCUGGGAGGCCCAGUUCGGCGACUUCAACAACACCGCGCAGUGCAUUAUCGAUCAGUUCGUGUCGUCCGGCCAGGCCAAAUGGGUGCGCCAGAGUGGACUGGUAAUGCUGCUGCCGCACGGUAUGGAGGGUAUGGGCCCGGAGCACUCGUCGGCCCGCGUUGAGCGGUUCCUGCAGAUGUGCUCGGACGAUCCCGACUACUUCCCGCCAGAGUCGGACGAGUUCGCUAUCCGCCAGCUGCACGACAUCAACUGGAUCGUGGCCAACUGUUCGACCCCGGGUAACUACUUCCAUCUGCUCCGUCGCCAGAUCGCUCUGCCGUUCCGCAAGCCGUUGAUCGUCCUCACGCCCAAGUCGCUGCUGCGUCAUCCGGAAUGCCGAAGCAACUUCAGUGAGAUGACUGAUGGUACCGAAUUCCAGCGUUUGAUUCCCGAUGCGCUGACCGCGGAAAAUCCGAACCAGGUCAAGCGAGUUAUCUUCUGCACGGGUCGUGUGUACUACGACCUGCUGAAGGCUCGCCGUGACCGCAAGUUGGAUACCAGCAUUGCAAUCAGCCGCGUCGAACAGAUCUCACCCUUCCCGUACGAUCUGGUGAAGGCCGAAUGCGCCAAAUACCCGAACGCGGAACUCGUGUGGGCCCAGGAAGAACACAAGAAUCAGGGCUGCUGGACGUACGUGCAGCCGCGCUUUGAUACCGCGAUCAACUCGACGCGUGACUUCAGCGUGCAAGAAGAAAAGCUUGUGCAGCAGAAAACCGGCCAAGGAUUCAAUAUCCCGCAGGGUACCUUUAACUCUCCGACGAGCGGUUCCGCGGCCAGCAAGGGUCGCAAAGUGCGAAUCUCAUCGCGACCACUUAGCUACGUUGGACGUCCUUGCGGUGCCUCUACCGCCACCGGUUCCAAGGCUCAGCACCUGAAGGAACUGAAAAAUCUCCUGGAUGACGCCAUGGCCUUGUAAAUUGGUAACCGCAUAGGUGCCACAUGAUACGACGACAUUGGACGCUGCUAAUGUCGUGGAAAUCAUUUUUUUUUUCUGUGGAUAUUACUACAUAGCAUACGCGGACGGCACCAAAACAUGAAAUCGACAAUGGGACACGAGUUUGUGACGAGUUUUCCUACCAAUCACGCGAUGGAAAUCAACAUGAUAACGACAGCGCGGCGCUAAACACACCAUGUACACACACACACACAGGGACCUACGACUCGAUUGGUUUUGUCGACCGGCUGGACAAUUCUAAGAUAUUAGAAAGCAAGAUCACAUACAAACACAACAUGCCCAAAAAAAUCGGAGAAAGUAGGGCAAGCAAGAAUUCGCUUGGUUAUUUAUGAAGUUUGUGCUAGUUUUAGUAGGUCUAUUUAAAUACAAUAGAUGAAGUGAGUGCAGGCAAGCCUAACAAUAAUAGUUACGGCGGUUAGCAUCAAAAACGUAAAAGUAACAGUAAAGCAAAGAAACACAAAAUGCUUCAAACAGCAGCACCAACAUCACCGUGCGGGUAUGAUAUCUACAUCGUGCGUUGGAAUUUGUUAUGAUUCUCGUUCACUUAUCCGUUGCCGAUUAAAAAAGCACUCAUCAUUAGCAGAGUGUCCGUGUCUCCUUUGCAAAAAGGGCACUAGGAUCAACGUGGAUAACGUGGCACACACAAGUACACACCCCCCGUGCGGGGGUGUGGGGAUUUAUGUAUACUUUUAUUUUAGUUAAUUAAAAUACAACAAAAAAAAAGGAAGCCAGACUCAUGCAAACCAACCCAAC